CGGAAACGUCAAAAUACAAAGGGUAUUCAAAACUUUCAAUUCUGUUUUCUGUCUAAAAAAACUACUGGGCCAGACGAAAUUCAAAGAAACGGUCACCUGUCAUGGGCCGCGCGACACAAAGGAGCGCCCGCUGAGUCGACGAAAUGAAGAAGGUGGUGCUGUUUAAGGGCGCGUCGGAGGAGUACGAGCGCGCGUUCCGCGAGCACAACUACGAGACGAUCUUCGUGGAGCCGCUGCAGUUCACGUGCGUGAACCUGGAGGCGCUGGGCACGGCGCUGCGCGGCGAGUACGCGGGGCUGGUGCUGACGAGCGCGCGCGCGGCCGAGGCGGUGGCGCGCUGCUGGGACCCGGCGCGCUUCGUGGCGUGGAGCGCGCGCCGCGUCUACACCGUGGGCGACGCCACCGCGCACAAGAUCAAGCUGCUGCUCGGCCUCGAGGCGCUGGGUGCGACCGCCGGCAAUGCCGAGAACCUCGCUAAGGUCAUUGUCAAAGAAAAUGACAGCUCUAGCAAGUUCCUCUUCCCCUGUGGAAAUUUACGAUCCGAAACCCUCCCGACCAUCCUUCAAUCUAAAGGUAUAGCGGUAGAUUCUUUAACUGUUUAUGAGACUAAGGAGAAUGACAAUUUGAAAGCAAAUUUGAUGGAGCUGGACGGUUCGACCCAUGACCCGUGCUGUAUGGUUUUCUUCAGUCCUUCGGGCUGUGAGUACAUCCACCGGCAGCUGCAGACGUUCAGCAACAGGCUGACGGAUCUGCCAUAUUUCGCAAUUGGGAACUCUACUGCGCAUAAAAUUGAGAAUUUGGGUGUGGAGAUAGCUGGUGUAGCUGAAAAGCCGAGAGCAGAGAGUGUGAUAGAGUCGGUACAGAAGUAUUUUGCUGCGAGCACUAGUAGUUAGUGGCACUGUAGAGUACAAACAAGUAGUGACCCCGUGCCAUUCAGUGUUUGGCCUAUUUUAGAUGCAGCUAAAUUAAUGUUGCUUGUAAUAGUAAUAUUUCUUUUGAACAUUUGAAGAGUGCAACAACAAGGUAAUAUGUAUAUAAAAGACUGAUAUAUAUAAUCUGGUGGCCAUGAAACAGCUUCAAAUUUGCAUUUCUGUAAAAAGUGUAACUAAUUCCAUUUAAAUAAAGUAACUUUAGUAAAUAACUCAAUUAUGUGCAUGCAAUAAUAUAUAAAUCUUAUGAAUAAUGUAUUCCCAGUGCAAUUAUUUAGAAAUCAUAAGCAUUAGGUGUUGGUGUUGUUAUAUUUUUUUAUUGUUUGUUAUGAUUCUUACACAUAUACAAAAUUUGAUAAAAAGUUAUAAAAAGUAA